GCCCCGCCUCCUCGGCCGCCCGCGAGCGCGCCCAGCCGGGCCGGUCCUCAUCGUCGCCGUUCGGCCGCCGCUUGCCUUCGGCCGCCUGCGGGCGCCAGCGCGGGGCGGGAGCAGAGUCGCUGCAGUCUCAAACCAUGAAUUACGUGGGGCAGCUGGCCGGGCAGGUGAUUGUCACUGUGAAGGAGCUCUACAAGGGCAUUAACCAGGCCACACUGUCCGGCUGCAUCGAUGUCGUGGUGGUGCGGCAGCAGGACGGCUCCUACCAGUGCUCGCCCUUCCACGUGCGCUUCGGGAAGCUGGGCGUCCUGCGGUCCAAAGAGAAAGUGAUCGACAUAGAAAUCAAUGGCGAUGCAGUGGAUCUUCACAUGAAAUUGGGUGACAACGGGGAGGCUUUCUUUGUGGAGGAGACCGAAGAGGAGUAUGAAGAGCUUCCUGCUUACCUCGCCACCUCACCCAUCCCUACUGAAGAUCAGUUCUUUACAGAUAUUGACCCCCCUUUGGUGAAACCAGGUGGAAGUGAAAGACCAUCACAGAGUUCAGACGUCUCCCACGUUCUGGAAACAGAGACAGUUUUCACCCCCAGUUCUGUGAAAAAGAAAAAACGAAGGAGGAAGAAAUGCAAACAGGACAGUAAGAAGGACGAGCAGGCCGCUUCCCCUGCUGCAGAAGACGCCGUGGGUGUGGGGCUGAGCUCGGACGAUGACGAGGCGGCCCAGUCGGCAAGAGGAUCUUCAAAUGCUUCCUUAAAGGAGGACGAGUACAAGGAGCCUCUGCUUUUCCAUUCUGGAGACCACUACCCCUUAUCUGAUGGGGACUGGUCCCCCUUAGACACAAGAGGAACUGAAUUGAAGUUGAGAAGGAUGGCUUCCAUGGGGGAGACGGUCUGUACCAUCGUGAAGCCAAGCCCCCGGGGCCCAGGGAAGCAGAGGAGUGGAGCAGCCCUGGCAUCGGGUCCUCGGGAGCCCCGAGGGUCGGAUGCCCACCACCCUCCUCCCCCGUCCUUCGCCGAGGCACCCUCAGAAGCUAAACCAGCCGCUAAGGCCGACUCGCCCUCGAAGAAAAGAGGUGUCCACAAGAGAAGCCAGCACCAGGGACCUGAUGAUAUUUACCUGGAUGACCUGAAGGCGCUAGAACCUGAGGUCGCAGCUCUCUAUUUCCCCAAAAGCGAGUCGGAGCCCGGCUCCAGGCAGUGGCCCGAGUCCGACACGCUCUCUGGCUCCCAGUCCCCACAGUCUGUGGGCAGCGCGGCCGCCGACAGCGGCACCGAGUGCCUCUCAGACUCUGCCAUGGACUUGCCCGACGUCACCCUGUCCCUCUGCGGGGGCCUCAGCGAGAACGGAGAGAUUUCUAAAGAGAAAUUUAUGGAGCAUAUCAUUACUUACCAUGAAUUUGCAGAAAACCCUGGACUUAUAGACAAUCCCAACCUUGUAAUACGGAUAUAUAACCGUUACUACAACUGGGCGUUGGCGGCUCCCAUGAUCCUCAGCCUGCAGGUCUUCCAGAAGAGCUUACCUAAGGCCACAGUUGAGUCCUGGGUCAAAGAUAAGAUGCCAAAGAAAUCUGGUCGCUGGUGGUUUUGGCGUAAGAGAGAGAGCAUAACCAAACAGCUGCCAGAGGCCAAGGAAGGGAAAUCGGAGGUGCCGCCGCCCAUCGACCGGCCGUCGAGCGCGAAGGAGCCAGCCAGUGGCAGGCCGGCUGAGGAAGACUCAUCGAGUGACGAGGGGUCCCAGGAGCUGGAAGAAUCCAUCCAAGUGGACCCCAUCCCUACGGAGCCGCCGAGCCACAGCAGCACCACCUCCUAUAAGAAGUCUCUUCGUCUGUCCUCAGACCAGAUCGCAAAACUGAAGCUCCAAGACGGCCCAAAUGACGUCGUGUUUAGCAUUACAACCCAGUAUCAAGGCACCUGCCGCUGUGCGGGGACCAUUUACCUGUGGGACUGGAACGACAAGGUCAUCAUUUCUGACAUCGACGGGACGAUAACCAAGUCUGAUGCUUUAGGACAGAUCCUUCCACAGCUGGGUAAAGACUGGACUCAUCAGGGUAUCGCAAAGCUCUACCAUUCCAUCAAUGAGAAUGGCUACAAGUUCCUGUACUGCUCCGCCCGCGCCAUCGGCAUGGCCGACAUGACCCGCGGCUACCUGCACUGGGUCAACGACAAGGGCACGAUCCUGCCCCGCGGCCCCCUGAUGCUGUCCCCCAGCAGCCUGUUCUCCGCCUUCCACAGGGAAGUAAUAGAAAAGAAACCAGAGAAGUUCAAAAUUGAGUGUCUAAAUGAUAUCAGGAACCUCUUUGCCCCGUCUAAGCAGCCCUUCUAUGCGGCCUUUGGAAACCGUCCAAACGAUGUCUACGCUUACACACAAGUUGGAGUUCCAGACUGCAGGAUCUUCACCGUGAACCCCAAGGGUGAGCUGAUACAAGAGAGGACCAAAGGAAACAAGUCAUCGUAUCACAGACUGAGCGAGCUCGUGGAACACGUGUUCCCACUUCUCAACAAGGAACAGAAUUCCGCCUUUCCGUGCCCGGAGUUCAGCUCCUUCUGCUACUGGCGAGACCCGAUCCCUGAGGUGGACCUGGACGACCUGGCCUGAGGCCGCACCUCCAGAGGGAGGCCCUCCGUCACUCGCCACGCAGCAAGGGAAGGUGACCAGCCCUUCUGCUGGACAGAGGACAUGGGGUCCCCUCCCGGCCACAGGUGUGGGACAAGACGUGCUGACAGUUGGGCACCAGCAGGGACGGGAAAGCUGCUGGGGCUGGAACCGCCUUCCCCCUUCCCCCUCCCAGGCCCUGAGGAGCUGCUGUUCGGUGCCGCGGCCGGAGCCGCGAGGGGAGCUCGGGCCUGAGGCCGGAGGCCUGGGCUCUUUUCACUGGCCUGUCCUCCCACACGCUCUGUGUUGUGUGCUGGGUGCUCCUUUAAUUGCCUGAUUUAAAAAGAAGGAAAAAGAAGCUAAGAGUGGACCAAAAUGUUGCACAAAGUAAAGUGUUCUAAUUCCCACUGGGCAGUUGAAAGUGUUUCUCUCAAAAGGAGGGCUUUCUUCAGGGGAUCAGGGUCCAGUGGUGAUGUCGGUCCAAACCGCCUGUGCACGUGUCUUCUGUGGCUCCUCCCUCCCUGCUCCACGGAAACGGGACGCUUGCUCGGGCCCCCGGGGUGACAAACGUGGGCUUCGGGGGAACAUAAGGUCCUUAUAUCAUUGCCUUCUCACCUGUGACUAUUCCACGGUGGGGACCUGAACUGAGGUGUCGUGUCUCGGACUGGCAGGAAGGAGCAGGUCUUGCAGGAUGUAUGUGAUGCCCGUAAGAGCCUUCCUAGCAGCAGGAGUUGGUUAAACAGCAAGGAACAGCUCUGUUCUUAGGGAGGCCUUGGAAAUGCAGGUGAGCCCUUGUGACGGGUCCUGGGAAGGGUCCUUUCUCCGUCCCCCUGCCUGCAGUCCAGUUUCCCAGCCUGGUUGUGAUGAGCUCUUGUCGGACCCGAGCAGGCCGCCCCAGAGAAGGGGGGUUCUGUCCACAAGCCUCUGCAGAGCUGUGAGCACGAGCCUGCAGAGGUGAGGCUGGGUGUGGACGGUCCCCUUGGUGUUAGAAUCGAGAAAACUGUUAGACAGGAGCUCUCCUGAGAGCAGCAGGGCCCACACACAGCCCCGCGUUGGGUGAGAGAGCAGUGGGCAGGUUCCAGAGCGGAGGGCGGGCGCCCGAUGGGAACGCUGCAGAGCAGUGCAGGCCCGGCCCCCGGCCCCCACGGUUUCCUUUCCCACCUGUGCUUUCCCUGUGCUGGUCUGGCAGGGGCACUCUUCCUUGUAGUUUGCUCCACCGAAAUAAUAGCUGAUCUAGAGCUGGGGAAAUGGGGGCGGUUAUUUUCCAGAUUGGAGAGUUGAAAGUCCCUGACUCGGUUGAACCGUGUUUCCCAGUGCUGUUGGGUGCAGGGACGAUGGCACAGUCCCCGGCACGCAGCUCUCAGUGGCAGAGGCUGGCGGAGCCACACACGCUUCCUCCGGUGCAAACCGUCCCGCCGUAAAUAGCUCAAGGACUCAUCAUUUAAAGAAUUUAUUUAUGUACAGUAGGCCAGGGAAAAUAGGUUGUGCUUGUAUGAAGUUCUGCCCAGUUAGUGAAAUCAAUUCCUUGUACGGUGGCCCUGCAGUUACUUCAUCUCAUAGAUGCCAUCGGCCUGUCGCCCCACGUUUGCUUUAGGCAGUUACCCUGAGCUUCGUAGGGCUUUGCUAUGUGCGGUACGGAAAUCUUGAUAACGCACCUUCUGUAGUCUUUUGUUGGCUGUCCUUUAAGGAGUUUCUGACUAGACACUUUCUUUUUCUCGAUAAGCUCUUCUCUCUGGACACAGGGGCAUCUUAGAGGGUCGAACCUGGGAACCCAGGUCUCCCGGCCCUGCACUGAGGGUGGCUGACCCCUCUGCCUGGGGGCCAUCAGCACUAGACUUUAUCAUUUUGUCACCGCAGAUUGAUCCAGUGGGUACAUAUGCUAAUUAACCUGAGUCUUUUUCCUUAUUUAAAGGAGUCCCUUUUGCUGAAAGUAGAUGAUUACUAUUACUAUAGUGUUAAGAAAGUAUUAAGUUUGUGCUGAAAAUCCAUUGCCAUUUGCUACAAAUGACAUUUGUUCUUUCUGUGAAAGAGAGAUGCCCUCGAGUGUGUUUGUACACAGACCCUUCUGAUGGGAGCUAAUGAAGGAGCAGCAGCCUCUCGCUGCUUUCGGGGACGGGCAACGUCACGGGGCGGGGGGGGGCGAGGUGGACUGGGCUCUUCUAAUCGCUCUCUCCGCUGCUCCACUGGUGAAAUGGCCGUGGCCCCUUUCCCUCUUUCCAGUCCAACCCGACUUGAGUAUCUGCCUUGGUGUCCGCGUGCUGAAGCUUGUAUGGCUCUAGUGUUGACAUCUGCAUCUCUGCAGGGCUUACGAAGUGCGCGCGUGGGCCCAGAGCAUGCAGACUUGGCCCGCGUGUCCGUAUCAUGUUUGCUGUGCUUUAAAGUGCUUUAAAACAUCUGCAUAGUUUUCAGCUGGAAAAAGAAAAAGCUUACUAGUGUGAUGUCAUGAAAUGAAAGCUGUUGACAGUCUAGGAACAAGAGCCAGCUCACCAUCCGGAAAGUACGCGUGCCUUUGGCUGCACGUGGCCCUUCUGGAGGGUGUCCUUGAAGCUGCAGGCAAGACCGAAGAAAUGGGCAGAGAGUAAACGCUCAGGUUUUGCAAGUUGGUGAAAACAGACUCUCCCAGGGAAUUUUAUCAUCUUUUCAAGUAUCAUCAUAGUUACUCUGGGAAGCCUUGUCUUCCUCUGUUUUAGAGAAUGCUGGGUUUAAUGAAACUGGUUGAAGAUUGAGUUUUUGUUUAAAGUAAGUGCUCUUUCCAGGUGAAAACUACUUUAUUUGGUUUGUUUUAAAGGUAAGAAAGGGAAGGGAACACUUUACUCUUUUAAUUUAAUCAUUACGUUCAGUCUGUGAUGACAUAUUUGAUUAUUAGGCACAGCAGUGCCACUAACAAGUUUUUUAAGUUGUCAGAAAUUGUAAACAUCAGUUCAGUACUUAGUUUAUGGCGAAGACAACUGUCUUAAGAUAAAUGGCUCAUUUUGGUGCAGUGUUUGAUGUUCAAAACAAAAUGUUACAACAAUAAACGAACGUAAACUGAA